CAGUGCUUUAUAUCUGCGCUGGAUAGGAUACAGAAAGAAAAAAAGGGAAAAAAAGAAUGAGAAAUAAGAGAUAUUAACUACAAUCAAACACAGGGCCCCAAUGUUUGGAUCGGGCCUGAAAACACAUGUCGCGUUGCUCGAUUGAUUGGCCCGAGACAAUGGAUAUGGAGCCCCGGAGCCCCCCAUUCGCUUCAACCCCGCGCUAUUCAAAUGUGGUGGGUGCUGGAGACCUGGGGAAAAGGAGACAUGCGGGCCCGUCUUUCACCCCGGAUGAACCCGUUGGUGGGUUAAAACUUCUCCCUGUUUGAUGGAUGGACAAGAAAGAAAUCACAAAUUCGUAAAGAAUUUACGGCCCAAUAUCCCACACCUCAAACGGAGACAACCGGACAGGGGUCAAACUAAUUUCAAGAUAUCGGAAUGCUUGUUUCACCCCCACACGCGAAGCACAUGCCAAG